CGUUUCCUUACCGUUGGUGUUGACAUCACAGCUAAUGUCCGGUCUUGAUAUCAAGACAUGCACAUCAUUGCUCUCUGCGGUCAACGUAUUUCAAUCCGUGGAAGUAGUAUUCGCAGAAUGGAUGUUCUCGCUACGAACAUAUGUGAUGUGGAGUCAAGACAAGACGGUGCUAGCGAUAAUAUUAGCUGCUUCUUUGAUAGCGAUCGUAGCUGUCACGGUUCUUUUGGUACUCUUUGUCCCUUCGAUAAAAGUCGUACAGUUGCGCGUCUCUGGUAUUACUGGCUGCGUCAAAGGCGAGGUAUCGUCAAUCCUGUUUGCGACAUAUCUCGUCAUAAUUGCAGCUGAGCUAGUUAUCCUUGCCUUGAUUGUCACGCAUGUACUGCGUAAGCGAAGCCAGUCACGCUCUCACCUUCUAGUGACUAUGAUGCGCGACGGUGUAUUCUACUGUGUUUGCAUGAUAGCUUUCUCUAUCGUCAACGUAAUUACAACUUUGUGCGUCAAGGGGAGUUACUCGGACUUGUUCAACAUAUACCAGACGGUGUUCCAUACGAUUCUUGCCUCGCGCUUGCAGCUUCAUCUAACGAGAACAAAUACACAUGCUCGUGUACCUUCUCGUUGCCAUAUUGAUACGAGGCUAACAUCGAUCAUAUUUGAGGAAGGACCCACGGAUUCAGCACCAGAAACCUUUGGUCCUAGUUAUGAGUCAGAUAUGUACGCGAAUGAAAUGCUUGCUGAUGGUACCUGUCCGUCACUCCCAAUAUGAGACAAUAAAUCACCUACUUUCUUUGUAUCGGC